AUGAACCGGAACGGGAUAGAGUCUGAGGAGCUGUACGGGUAUUUGCGGCGGGUGGUUGUGGAGAGGGACGAAGGUGCGCUAUGCGGUGCCCACGAGUGGACGCCUCUGCUCGUGGACCACUUCAGCGAGACGAUCCCUCGCGAGUUGUUCCAGGUAGGCCCCGCUGGCGGCGACGUGGAUUCGCUGAGGGAGAGGCUUGUUGUUGUGGGUGGGUUGCUGACGGACCGGUUUGUCUCUGGUGGAGGGGUUCCUUUUACAUUUGUGCGUGUCUGCGAGUUGUGCUUCCAACCGUUUGACUACUUCCGACCCAGCGAGUUGGACAAGUUCGUGAGGGCGAUGGAGAAGUGUGUGGAAGGUGUGCAGACAUUCUGGCGCGGAGCCACCCCGGUGGAGGAAUCAGCGGCGGUGGGGUCCCCCGCAGACGCAACGACGGAGGAUGUCUCGAUGAGCGUCGUGCCGUUUAUUGAGGACGAGAAGGCCGUCAUGCGGGAGUACGAGUCCUUCUUCAAAGAGAUCGACGGAGUGAUGUCGCUGAACGCGCAGUACGAGGAGGACGACGACGACGAUGACGAUGUGAAUGGUGGUGGUGGGGACCCACGAGCGGGUGAUUUCCUCUCCGAGGAGUACUACGAGGACGACAGCGAUGACGCAGACUACGAGGACCCUGAGCCGAAGAAGAAGCGGAAGUCGCGGUGCACGGAGCUGGACAACUACGAGUACGCUGACGAGGAUGUCGAUGAUGAGGAUGAGGAAGGGGACGCAAUUGGCAAAGGUGGUGAUGAGGAGUUGCCCUCGACUCCGAAUAAGAAGUCUCGCCGCAUGAAGGCGGAAGGUAUUGAGUCACCCGGGAGCAGUGGGGACAAGAUACGAACGCUUGAGGGUGAAGAAGGUACGAAUAAAUAA